CUUCCUGACCAAACCCACCAAAAAGAGAAGUCACACCACGGAGCCUGAUCGCCUUCCCCGUUACCAGACCCAGGCAUCCUCCACUUCCAUUCGACCGCAGCGGACACUCCCUAGCACCCUUCUCGGAGCAUAAGCGGCCUUCACAGCGCUGCCGUGCCUGGUAACUUCUUCCACAUUGACAAGCGGCCAUUCCCGCCCUGGCAGGCUUGCACCGACGUGGCUGGGCGACUCGCUUGAGCGAAUCGUGGUGGUGACAACGCCGUCAAGAUGAAGGGGCGUCCCGUCGAGCAGCUCGUUUACGAGUACAUGUUCCCCAAACCUCGGCAGUCGGACCCGCAGAACUUUCAAGCCCUUCUCCAGCGGUAUCUCAUCCUUGAGGUCCGGCAGGAGACGCAUUCAUUCUACGGCCACCUGGACACCCCGGAGGCCAAGUACCCGGGGCUUGACUACACGCACCCGAUCCACCGCAUUCGCCUCAGCCGGUUCCCGUGGCAUCGCCGCCUCUUCCGCGCCUUUGACGGCUUGCGCCUAACCCAUGCCGAGAUCUCGAAUCUGACAAAGUGGGAAGGAACAAAGUGGGCCAAGGAGCGGUUCGAGCGCGAGCAGGGGAUCAAGAUCCGAGACACCACAGCCGAUGGGCUUCCGAACUACGCUGACCCCAACGACCCCUACUCGGCACAGGCCCUUGGCGCACGCUCAGCGGGGACAGAGGACCCUGUAGCAGCUGAGGAAGGGAACGAGGAAGAGGACGAGAACGAGGACGUAGAGGAGGAGGAGAGCGACGAAGAGCUGGAAAGCGUUGGGGAGGACUUGAACGAGCGGCUUCGCCAGCGCGUCGCCAUGCGGAACAUAUCGGGAGACCACUCGAUGCCGCUCGACGAAGAAUGGGAAAACUGGCUGAAGCACGCCAUAGAGUCUGGAGAGCUGCCCCACGUGGCAGAUCAGAUUGCGCGGUUCCCGGGCCCGCAUAACACGCUCACCGCCGACGACAUCUUCCCGCCGCGGAUGAUGGCCGCCGCCAGAGCCGGCCACUGGGAAGAAAUCCCGGACUUCCUUCACGACAUGAUUCGGCAGGCCCUCGAGUCUGGCCGGAGGCCGGCCCAGACAUCAACAAUCACGGGGUUCUCCCCGCGGCCGUCAGUCAGAUACGCGGGUGCCCUGGACACCUUCAACACAGUUGCCGUUUAUGCGCAGGGCCAGCAGGGCAGUCGUCCGGAGUUUCGGCCGCCAGAAGCCAUCGGUCGUCGUGCAGAACAGUCUGGGAACCGACCUCAGCAGACGGCACAGCCAGGUGCAUGAGCUCCUAGCGAGGGGACUGCAGCAUUACAUUCGUGGGCUGCUUCGCCUUGGGCGGCAAGCCUGCGAUUUACCUCAGGUCUAUCAGAACGCCUUGGUUUUUUUGUUAUUCUGUUAUGGACUGGAUCCAGCUUCG